UUCCUGCCACUUCCGCGUGUUAGAUGAACGCUCGCUCACCAUCGUAGCUACGCUCUCGCUAAACGUACGCGUCGUCUCUUCGUCUCUAACAACAGCAAGAACAGCAGCAAGAAGCCAUGGCCACGUUCGUGACGGUGCCGCUGAAGAAGUCGUACGAGCUUGACGUGGCCAAGCCGUUGUCUCGCUUCAUCCUGGACACGUACGGCCCGGGCCACGACUUCGCCAAGAGCCUGGAGGAGCUGAACGCGCUGCGUAGGAGCGCGGCGUGCCGGCCCCUGGACAAGCACGAGGCCUCGCUCGACCUCCUAGAGAGGUAUUAUGAUCAGCUGUGUGCCAUUGAGCCAAAGUUGCCCAUUAAUGAAGGCCAGAACCCAAUUAAUUUCACAUGGAGGGAUGCCUUUGACAAAGGAUCACUGUUUGGGGGCUCAGCAAAACUUACCAUCCCUCGGGCCAGCUAUGAGAAGAUUUGUGUGCUGUUCAAUAUUGGUGCUCUCAUGAGCCAGAUCGCUGGUGAGCUCAACCUAGACAGUGAUGAUGGCAUGAAAACUGCUGCCAAGUACUACCAGCAAGCGAGCGGCUGCUUUUUGCAAAUCAAGGAGUCUGUGCUGAGUGCGCUGAACCGAGAGCCAACGGUGGACAUCUCCCCUGACACAGUUGGAGCGCUCAGUGUUAUCAUGCUGGCACAGGCCCAAGAGGUGUUCUACAUGAAGGCCAGCGCUGACAAAAUGAAGGACGUGAUUGUUGCAAAACUGGGUAAUCAAGCAGCUGACUAUUAUGGAGAUGCCUUCAAGCAGUGUCAAUACAAGGAGCAGCUGCCUAAGUAUUUUUAUUUCCAGGAGGUGCUUCCUCUUCUGGCUGCCAAGCACUGCAUCUACCAGGCCACAGCCCAGCUACACCAGUCUAACGUGGCCAAACAGCAAAAGAAAUUUGGAGAGGAGAUCGCAAGACUCCAGCACGCAACGGACCUUGUGAAAACGGUCACGUCGCGUUACGAUGAGUACAUUAGCGUCAAAGAUCUGUCUGACAAGAUUAGCCGGGCGCUAACUGCAGCCAAGAAGGACAAUGACUUCAUCUACCACGAUCGGGUGCCAGACAUUAAGGACCUGGAAGCUAUUGGCAAGGCCACCCUUGUGAAGCCCCUGCAGCUCACCAGCCCCAUGAGCCCCCGAUUUGUUGACCUGUUUGAAAAGAUGGUACCACUGGCUGUGAACAAUGCGGUCACUGCAUACAACCAAAGGAAGGCUGAUCUUGUCAACAGAUCUGUAAUGCAAAUGAGGGAGGCAACCACUCUUCUCAAUGGAAUCUUAGCAUCGCUGAACCUGCCAGCUGCCUUAGAAGACUUGUCAGGUGACACAGUACCACCUUCCAUUCUGGAGAAGUCCGUGGCUAUCGUCGAAAAAGGGGGGCUGGAUAAAAUUGACUACUGGAUGAAGAACCUUCCUGAGUUUCUGCAACGUAAUCGUGAGAUUCUAAAUGAGGCUAUGAAGAUGCUGAGUGAGGAGGAGGUCACAGACAAUGACCUAAGAACUAAGUUUCAGCAGAAGUGGCAGCGCACACCCUCGAAUGACCUCUACAAGCCGCUGCGUGCAGAGGGUGACAAGUACCGUCAGCUUAUUGACAAUGCCGUGAACGCGGAUGGGGUCGUCAAGCAGAAGUAUAACGAGCACCGGGACUACAUCGCGAUGCUCAGUCAACCACAACAGGAGCUCAACUCUGCCAUUCCAUCUGCCAAUCCGGCAGCUUCUCUCGCAGGCAGCGAGACAGUGCAGAUUUUGCGCUCGCUGCUGUCCGACCUGGACACCGUGAAGGGUGAACGAGAGGCCCUGGAGGGUGAGCUGCGCGCCGUCGACUCGGACAUGACGGGUCGCUUCCUGGGGGCACUGGCUCAGGACGGGGCCCUCAACGAGGAGGACCUGUCGCGCACUGAGCUGGAGCGGCUGUACGGGCCGUACACGCAGCGCGUCACCGAGAGCAUUCGGCGUCAGGAGGAGCUACUCAGGGACCUGCAGGUGCGCCACCAGGAGUUCGCUCAGCAGAAACAGGCGAGCACAGAGUCAAACUUGCGGGAUGAAGUCCUCCGGAAGCUGGCUGCUGCCCAUGACGGCUUCAUGCAGCUCCUGGGAAACCUGGAGGAAGGAAACAAGUUUUACGGUGACCUGACGGAGAUAUUGCUUAAAUUCCAGAGCAAAUGUAAUGACAUAGUAUUUGCUCGCAAAACUGAGAGGGAUGAACUGCUCAAAGAUAUCCAGCAGAAGAUUGCCAAAGAGCCAUCUGCCCCAGUCCUGGGUGUGCCAGCCUAUCAGCAAUCAACUGAGAUGCCCCCCCAGCCUCUACCCCGCACUACUGCGCCAAGCAAGCCUCAGGCACCGCCACGUCCACCCCCUCCGGUUCUUCAACCGACUCCCAGUGCGGCCCCAGCUCCUGCUCCAGUCGCUGCAGCGAGUACACCCUCCACAGUCUCCAUGGCACAGGGACCCCCGUUCGCAUCCUACCCCGGCUACCCAGGUGCUGUGCCCAUGCCAAUGGGAUUUAAUCCUUAUACAACCUACACCCAAUACGCAAUGCCACCCUACGGUGCCCAACCUCAGCCAGGCCAGGCAUAUCCCCAGGGACAGCCACAGUACGUACAGCCCCAAAUGCCUGGCUAUCCGCAGGGCCAGAUGCCCACAUACACUCAUCCAUAUGGAUACCCCCAGCAGCCCUACCCUUACCAGCAGGCAUACAAUCCCAAUAACCCAAAUCCUUACAGCCAACAGUGAGCUCAUAAAUCCACAUUGGCACAGGAAAGGUUGCUCCAAAGGCUUUGGUGUGCCUACGUAAAUAUAGAACCAAUAACGGUUUCCUUGUUUGUGUUUGACGUUAAUUAGAUUUUUUUGUUUUAAAGCAAGCUGAGUUUUCUUUGGAACAUUCAGUUGUACCUGAUAGGUUUAUUACGCAAGAGUAUACAGUAGAAAGCAUUGACUCCUGCUAUUGUUUUGGUGUUAUGAAACUGUGUUUAUAAGUGACCUUAUUACACGUUAUUAGUAAAGUUUGUUUAGGAGAAUAUACUUUGGAUGUUACGAUCAAGAGAUGCUGGGAUACUGUAUGACUUGGCAAGCUUGCAAAAUGUAGCAUUUGUACUCUUCAUUAUAGUUAUGUAAUUUUAUUAAGUAUAUAUAUAUACACAUUUCCUAUAGGCUAGUACCAAAAGAAAAGUCAUGGCAGGGCCCUGUUAAUUUCCCACAUGCCUUUGGAAGAACUUGAACUAUUAAAGCUGUCGUAACAAUUGUCUCAAACAAUACAUCUCUUUCCUCUGAGGGUAACAUGGGUUAAGAUAUCUUAAGCUUUGUGCAAGUUCAGAUACGAGAUUAUAAUUGGACGACACUAGGCAUUUGUUCAUGAGAAAAUACAUUUUAAAAGUUUUGUAAUUUUGCAGGUAAAAAAAGAACUGGUUUCAUCCUAUCUUAGUUUUCGGUCAUAUUAAAAUUGAAGUUAUCGAAUCUACAUUGAGUGUAAAUGUUUUAGUUUAUUAUUUUGCUUUGAAUUUGUUAUGAUUCCGUACAAACAGUAGUGCAUAAGUAAUACAAGUUAUUGUUUCUAUGGUAAGACUAAUUUUCCUAAUUGAUUUGAAUAAUUACUACCGUAUAGGUUUUUACUGAUGUGUUGUAUAGCUUUCUGACGUGUUCAAAUUGUUAACGCAUUUGUUUGGCAUCAUAUCUGACAUUUAGUUCCACAUGCUGGAAACACCUCGGAGCACAUGAGAGUGCUGAAUAUUUAAUUUCACUUUUUCAAAAUAUUGAUAAUCGGUGACCACAGAGGUCUGCAUGGAGUUGCACUCUAAAACGUGUACAGUUCAAUAUGUGGAUAACGUAUGUACAGUCAUUCUAAGCCAAAAUGCAUGGGGUUAGUAAUGUGCGCCCAUGGUAAUGCAUCUCGAGGGAAUCCUUUAGAUUCCAUUUUGCUGAAUUGCUUUUGGAAUUCAUAGCUCAGCCCAAAAGCAAGUCGACCGAGGUAUUUUAUGAUCGCAAAUAAUGCUUGCGCUGGUGUGUAUAAGCUUGAAAAUAAAAAAAGGAUGUGGUGACAUGUAAUAAUUGUUGCAAAGCAUUCACAUAGAGGCAUGCGUGAACAAAUGCAAAACAAUCCAUGAUAACCAACAUCGCACUUUAAGAUGUCACAUGUCUCACCAUGCAGGAAUGGUAAAUAUUGGCAAUUGGGGCGUAAUCAUUUUUCCCUUCUGAAACCAUCACUCAAUUUGAAUAUAGUUUAAUGCUUGCUUCUGUUGUAUGUGCUAUCUGUAUAUUUGCAUAAUAUAAUAAAACAUCUGAAUUUUUCUACAUUGGCGUGGUAGAAUAAAAACAGAAUUAUUAGUA